AUGGGGAAGUUUCUCAUUAUAACUGCUGAUGAACAUGUCAGAACAUACGCGACUGGAACAGAACACAGAACAAUCCAGAAGACCUCUACAGCGAACAAUUGCAGCGAGUCAAUAAUCUUAAUUGAAAAUGCCAGCGAUUGUCAACCGAAAAAGGCGUCAUUCUCCAACAUGACAAUGCAAACCGCACUGCGCAAGGCGAAUCUAGAAAAAAUUAAGGAAUUGGGGUGGGAGGUGCUGCCUCAUCCACCAUAUUCGCCCGAUGUUGCACCAUCGGAUUUCCACUUAUUCCGAGCGCUGCAACACUUUUUAAGUGGCAAAACAUUUGCAAAUUUGGAUGAUAUCCAAAAUGCCAUCUCUAGAUAUUUUGCCGAAAAACCAAUUAAUUUUUAUCGAUCAGGGAUUGAAAAUUUACUCACUAGAUGGCAAAAGGUUAUUGACAAUGAUGGGGAAACAUCAUGA